AUGAUGCUGGGAGAGGCCGGCCAGUUCCCCCAUAUGGGGGCAUUGUUACUCACAGCUUUGUUCAUCGUCUACCUCUGCAGGCAGUGGACCACGAGACAGAAGAUUCUUCGGUUGGGAGGCUAUGCUCCCCGGAUUCCCUCCUAUGUACCAUUGGGUAUUGACCACCAGCCACCGUCUGCAAUACGCAACGGCCGCAGAAACAAAAGCCUUGAGACAUGGCGCGGCUGGCACUCAUGCGCCCCUAAUAACGGCACUGUCGAGGCCAAAGUGUUGUUCGAGCGUUACCUGCUCACCGGGGACCCCGAAAACAUCAAAGCCAUCCUGGCGACUCAGUUUGAUGAUUUUGCGAAAGGCCAGUUAUUCCAUGACACCUGGAGCCAGUUGCUUGGCGACGGCAUCUUUUCAACCGACGGGGCUCCGUGGCGCGGCAGUAGACAGCUGAUGCGUCCCCUCUUUGCAAAGGACCGCGUUAGUGAUCUUGACGUCCUGGAGCGACACGUCCAGAAGUUGCUGCGGAAUGUCGCUGCAAAGAGUGGGCAAAGGCUGGAUCUGUGCGACCUUCUCUUUCGAUACACGCUGGACGCCGCAACAGACUUCCUUCUGGGAGAGCCCGUGGGGAGUCUAGACAAUGACACACAAGAGUUUGCAACGGCAUUCGAUCACGCACAGUAUAUCCAAAUGAUGAUCGCCAGGUCUGGACGCGCGCAUGUUCUGAUCCCCCGGGCGUCCUUGAAUAAAAGCAUCUCCACGAUUAACGCCUUUAUCCGACCGUAUAUUGAUUCCGCCCUCCGUCUCCAGGACAGCACGAAGCUGGUCGAACGGUCCGAACCAGACUACACAUUCCUCCACGCCCUCGCGCACUACACGCGUGACCCGAAGCUCAUUCGCGAUCAGCUGGUCAAUAUUUUGAUUGCCGGCCGUGACACUGCCGCGUCUUCUCUGUCAUGGGUUUUUUUCGAACUUGCAAAACAACCCCGGGUGACCACGAAGCUGCGGGAGGAGAUCCUGGCCCAGGUCGGGUUCGAGCGUCCGACUUACUCCCAGCUGAAAGACAUGAAGUAUCUCCAAGUGAGUAUCGGCCAGGGAACCACGCCGCCACAUCAGAAGCUGACAACCGCUCCUCAAGAACGUGAUCCGUGA